UUCCCCGACAGACGACGCGCAGAGAGGGAGAGACGGAGGAGGAGAAGAAGAAGAAGAAGGAGAAGCGGUCAACAACUCACCCUGAACGUGUUUAUUUUUUAAAGUAAUUUUUAAAACGAACAAAACUUCACACUCUUUAAGCUUUUCCGGCGGAGACUUUACGUGCAGCUUUUUGGAGACGUUUACGCGGCAGGCUGUGCGCGCAACGGAGAGCCCACCUGUCCGACGAAGGUACACUUCACUCCCGUUACUUCGAGGAUGUGAACGUGCCUGAUUAACCGUGGAAUACCGGAGCGGAGCGAGCAGACAGACGCGUAGCUCUGGGGGAAAAAAACAAACAUGUGUAGAAACACAGAGGCUGCAGAGGACUGACUCUUUCCAGGGAGGGAGGGAGAAAACAACAACUUUUUUUCCGCUCUUCCACACCGAGAGGAUGGAUGGAGAACAUUUUUCGCUGUCAGGAGUUGAGAGGGAAAGAGAGAGGCUUCCGCCAAUUUACAACAGCUCCGCUCCUGCUGGUUUUGGGCGAGGAGCGAAGCAGCCGUUUCCGUCUCUGGGCACCUUCAUCUCCACGCUGAGCCAGAGGAGGGACGCAGGGGGGCGGGGUUUAGCUGGCGGCAUGACUGGCGGCCUGAGCAGCACCCACUGGCUCCGACACGGGAGAGAGCUGCCUCCGAUCUGCAGCGAUGUCCGUCAGAAGCAGCGGCUCUCCAUCGACACUCUUCCCCCAGAAGUCAAAGCUCCGUUCCCCUCUGACCCCGUCAUCCCGCUGCGCACCAAGACCACCAAGGAGUUUCAGGAGGACAUGGAGCGUGCUGUCCAAUCAGGUGACUGGAGGGAGGUGCGAGAGUUUUACCUGACCACCUUCGACUCGUUCAUAGAAAUCAACGCUGCAUUCAAGCGAGAGGCGAACGGAUCGUUCAACACCAUCGACGACUCGGGAGUCAACGCCAAGUUUGUCAACGCCGUUUACGACGCUCUGCUUGGCACACCUCAGGACAUCCAGAAGUCAGUGUUGAAAGGGAUCAUCAACAGCUUGCUGAGGGAGUGGAAAGGGCCUCGAACCAAAGACGACCUGCGAGCUUAUUUCAUUCUGGUUCAGAACCCCCAGUAUUCCAGCACCAGCACCUAUGUGAUCUACGCUCACCUGCUGAGGCAGAUCGCAGCUCUGUCUGAGGCCGACCACCACUUCCUGGUUCAUUGGCUAAAAAAGCUGUCGGUGAGGCGUUUUAGGCAGCUGGUAGAGCGCCUCCUACAGUUCAUCUCCACUCGUCUGUUUCCUGCAGAACCAGACGAACUUCCUCCUCUGGCCAAGUGCUCCUGGUGGAUUCCCUCUGCUACCAAAGUGCUUAGCCUGUUCAAUGCAGCCAACAGUGUCUCUUCUACUCCCAUCAUGCCUUUCACCGACUUCUACAACAUCACUCUGGAGCACAUAGACUUCAUGGAGGAGUACAGGACCUGGCAGAACUACGGCAACUCCAAUAGGUUUUCCUUCUGUCAGUUCCCCUUCAUCCUUUCAACGGUGGUGAAGAAAGUCAUCAUCCAGAAAGACUCCGAGCAACAGAUGAUCAGUCAGGCCCGGCAAAGCCUGGUCAGUAAGGUUUCUCGCAGGCAGAGAGUGGAUAUGAACCUUCUGUUCCUCAACAUUAAAGUACGACGAGCACAACUCCUCAGCGACUCACUGGAUGAGUUGACAAGGAAGCGGUGUGACCUGAAGAAGAAGCUGCGGGUGACGUUUGUCGGGGAGGCGGGGCUGGACAUGGGCGGCCUGACCAAGGAAUGGUUCCUGCUGCUGGUCCGACAGAUCUUCCACACAGACUACGGCAUGUUCACCUACAUGAAGGACUCGCGCUGCCAUUGGUUCAGCAGUUGGAAGUGCGACAACUAUUCAGAGUUCCAGUUGGUCGGGACUCUGAUGGGCUUAGCCGUUUACAACAGCAUCGCUCUGGACAUCCACUUCCCCCUCUACUGUUACAGGAAGCUCCUCACUCCGCCCACUGCACCAUGCGACCAAAAUGCCCUUGUCGGCAUGGCAACCGCCACCCUGGACGACCUGCAGCAGAUCAUGCCGGAGCUGGCUCACGGUUUGGGAGAGCUGCUGAGCUACGAGGGAAACGUAGAGGAAGACUUCUACCUCAACUUCCAGGUGUUCCAGGAGGAAAUGGGCGUGGUCAAAUCCCACAACCUGAAGCCUGGAGGGGACAAAAUCCCCGUCACCAAGCAGAACAGAAAGGAGUACGUCCAGCUGUACGUCGACUUCCUGCUGAACAAAUCCAUUUAUAAACAGUUUGCUGCCUUCUACCACGGCUUCCACAGUGUGUGUGCCUCUGAUGCACUCAUGCUGCUGCGGCCGGAGGAGGUGGAGAUGUUGGUGUGCGGGAGUCCAGAGCUCGACAUGAGCGCUCUGCAGAAAGCCGCUCAGUAUGAAGGAUACAGCAAGACCGAAACCACCGUCCGGUGUUUCUGGGACGUGGUGUUGGCCUUCCCUCUGGAGCUACAGAAGAAGCUGCUCCACUUUGCCACAGGAAGUGACCGCGUUCCCGUCGGAGGAAUGGCCGACCUCAACUUCAAAAUCUCCAAGAUCGACGUUCCAACUGACUGGUUGCCGAUCUCUCACACCUGUUUUAAUCAGAUCUGUCUCCCUAUGUACCGCACCAGGAAGGAGCUCAAACACAAACUCACCAUCGCAAUCUCCAACGCUGAGGGCUUCGGCCUGGAGUGACCAGCCUGCGCACACACACACACACACACACACACACACACAGAGACACACACACACACACACACACUCUCUGUCACGACUGCCACAGCGCACAUUAUGUGGCCGUGGAUCAGACUGUGGAGGAAACGAGUUCUUCAAUAAGUGCUUUCUAAUGUCAAACAAUAUUAUCAUGGACUCUAAUGCAGUUUGUAUUGUUAUGUUGGGGUUGGACUCAUCAGUUUUUCGAUGUAGAACUUUUUAAAUUUGCAGCAGAUAAGAUGAGAGCUCCUCCCAUGCAGCAGCUACAGAGGAAUAUUGUUAUUUGCACAUUGUCUAUGUUCGCUCUAUUACAAGACAACCCUGGUGAUGACCAUUAUAUUUUGGAUAUCACUUAAAAGAAGUUAACUUAUUGUGUCAUCCUUCGAGAAACUUUACUGCUCAAAUGAAUUUCAUAAAUGGAAUUUUUUAAUAUUUCUGGUCCCAUACCAUUGAAAUUAUACCAACCAACAUUCUCAGAAACCUUGUAUCACCAAAAAACAUAAACUUAUAAUAGGUUGCUGCUUUGCUCAGGUAAUUAUUAUUGUCAAUAUGACUAUUUAUUAACCAGAUUGCCAGGUAUUCACCAUGGAUGUACUAAAGACGUAAAUACAGCAUUAACAGCGGACCCCUGUUCAUUCCUAUGAGAGUUGUUAAGUGGCGCAUUCGCCAAAAAAAAGCUUCCGGGUUAACCUCCGUGAUAUGUGGCCCGCUGAAUAUGCGCAGUAGUGUUUCUCCCGCUGGGCCCAGAGACUUUACAUUAAGUUUUUCCAAAUACGAAAGUCCGUGGAUUAAAAAUUCACAAUAGAAAUAGUCCUAACUGACAUUGUUUGUAGUUCAAGGUAUCCUGGCAGCAGUUUUACAGACGUCUCUUUUACAAUAGCGGCCUUUUUGGGCCACAGGGGGAUUUCUCGUUGCAGUACCGUGAGUGGCCACUGAUCAGAAUUGGCAGAAAGGCUGUUACUGGUGGCUGGUAUUCGCCCAUCAUUGACGUUAACUUUUGGACACGCUGUUCAAUGAGCCUCUCUUUAAUGGUCGAGAAUAAACUGAGAGCAUGUCUGCAUUAAGCCGGUUAAAUUGAGUUGAACAGAAAAAUAGGCUUCAGUUCAAAUUUCAAAUCCUCAAAUUACAUGGAUUCAAUAAUCACACAAUAUUACAUCCUUGUGUGUGAGGUACAGAAAAACAAAGAGGGAAGUAUGAUGAUAAUAUUCAAAAAAUAAGAUAAAAGACCGAACGGUGUCAUUAAAAAUACGCAAAUUUAUUUCUGGAGGUCACUAAAGAAUGGAGAUGUAUGGUUUUAAUAUUGUGUUCAUUUUGACGUCACUGCUUUUGGUGACGUUUGAAAUCUAUUUUCAUGAAGGCAUAGGCAUGUCUUGUAUCAUUUAGCUUUGUUUGCAGCACACUGUCAGGAUGUAAAGCUUCGCGGUGAGAAGGGUGCUAUCAUGUGUCAUGAGAUUUAGAUAAUUUUUUUGACAUUGCUGCCUGUUUUAAUGAACAAAAAGGCUGCAGCAGAAUUUUUGUUUAUUUUGUUUUAAAUGUUGUAAUAUCACGGUACGGUUGAACCAGAGCUGUUGAUUGACAGUUCAGUGUUUUUUUUUUGUUGUUCUGUUUGAGUGUCGUGGAGAAUAUGAAGCAGGAAGCCACCUGCUUCUGGAUGUCCUGUUCUGUUGUUAACAUAUAGGUGAAUAGUCUAGUCUAGAACUAAUAGACUAGUUAUUUGGGUAUUGAGAUGAUACGACAAUAUAGAGACUGGGCGCAUUUAAGUCCCGCCCCCAACCGAGUGGAAAAGAACUUGCUGCUCUCCGUUGACUUGUGUUGCGUGACGCUUUCCUCUUGUCACUUUCGUCUUCUAGCAAACAACAGAAGAAUGCUUAAAAGCUGCCGUGUGACGAUAUUCACUACCAACGACGUACAGAACCCAUUACUUAAGUUUAUAUAAGCUGCCUAACCUAAGAAAUGAGCUUUUAUGAAGACAGACAUGAUACAGACGGGAGGAAUCAGCAGAGAGAACGGAGAGCCUGUGGGAUCCUGACGCUAAGCUAACGUUAUGUCCAACGUUACGUGUGUCUGCCCAACUUAAAGACAUAUAGUUAAGCUAAAACUGACAUUCGGAUAUUCGACUUGGUAUCAAAAUGCUUGCUGCAAACCUAACGUCGAACAUAAUUACCUUAGUGUCAGGAUCCCACAUUCUCUCUGCUGAUUCCUCACAUCUGUAUGCACUUUUGUCUUCAUAAAAGCACAGCAUUUUGGUUCAGCAGCUUAUAAAAACUCAAGUUAAGUGCUUUACGUUGUUGGUAGUGAAUAUCACCACACAGCAGCUUUUAGGCAUUUUUCUGUUGUUUGCUAGCAGACAAAAUUGACUAGAAGGACACCUUUACGCAAUACAAGUCAAUGGAGAGAUUUGUGUGGCUUUCAGAGUAUGACGCAAUGCGUCUCUAUAGGUCAUUUUUUUCAACCCUCUAAUUUGGGGAUGCACAAUUAAUCGCAAUUUUGUCGAAAUCGCAAUAUGGACUAGUGUUAAUAUUUCUUGAAGGCAAAAUAUUUGUCAAACCAUUCUGAAUGAAGUAUUGUGGUGCUGCAGUGACAUACUGGCCUACAAAUCGGAUCCUACAGACUAAAGAACAAAUCUUUGUUUGGUACGGAUCCUGAUCCUAAUCAUUUCUUUUCAUUUUUCAAUGAAAAUGAGAAUGAUACCGAAAUGAUCAUUCCCUCCAAUAUUAUUAUUAUUAUAUUACAAAAUCUACUUAGUUAAGUUUAGAAAAACAAUGUUGGUUUGGGUUAAAAUCAGACGCUACUUUACUUCCGGUUACGCACAUGACGCUGAAGGUGACGGGAAAAAAACAAAGUAGACAUAUACAGAAAAAGUGUCUCUGGUAAACGCUGCCUUUGUCAAGGUUGAAAGGAGUAACACAGUUUGCUGUCUGUACAGUCUGUGGUUGGGACAGCAGCCUCCGUGUUGUUCUAUUAUGAUCCUCAUAAGUAAACAACACAACGUGAUUGGUUGAUGUCUUCAUUCGCGGUGCGAAAGCUCAGGAAAAUCGACCUUAUUUUGAAAUAAAUCACGUCGCUUUAUUGCGUUCUGUGUGAAGUAGUCAUGACUAAAACAACAAAAAAAUCCCCAGUCUGUAAAGGCCUUAAUACUUCUUCACCUUACUUCCAGCUUUGCUCCUGUCAAGACGCCGCUAUUAUAAACAUAAAUAUAAGUCAUAAUUGCUGCUUGCACAAACGACCUAUGUGACCUAUGGCCGUAACCCAGUCUAGGUGUUUCAGUGAUUGUGGCUCGCUCUGCUUCUGGCAGUGUUGUGGUCAAGACCACCUAAACCGAGACCAAGUCAUCACCCCAGACCAAAAGUAUAUCGAGACCGAGACAAAACCGAAACUUUGGGGUGUUGAGACCGAGCCAAGACCAAGACCAAGACCAAGGCAGGGCGAGGCCGAGACAAGACCAAGACUUUUAGGGGUUGAGACCAGUGCGAGUGCGAGUCCCACGCUGCAUGACACGAUAAAUGUGGAAAAAUGCUAACCAUAGGCAAUCCUCAAACUAGUCUGAAAGAUCCAUAUUCCCAUAAAAAAAAAAUUAAGAUUCUUCUUCAUUUACCUCUAAUGAGUGUAUCAUGAGAAAUGCCUCGGUAAAAGAAACAAAAGGCAGUUGUGGUCUUGACCAAUCUUGAAAUAAAAUCCUGAGUCCUCUUUACCUGAGACCGAGUCGAGGCCAAGUAAAAAUGCGGUCGAUUCCGAGACGAGACCAAAACCUUCAAAAAGUUGUUUUGAGACCAAGACCGAUCUCGAGCAACAUUGGCCUCUGGGGUAGUUUUAUGUAACUUUGUUGUCUCUCCCGCCACUGCUGUCUAUUGUCUGCAGCUGAGCAGUUCUGGUUUUAAACACUCAGCGUGUUUCAUGUCCUAUAUAGGGUUAUAAGUCCUAAAGACCAACUGGCAACAAACCCAUAGGUGUACCAAGCAACAGUCAAUCAGCUCUGAUCUGGGUCACUCACUGAGCGUCUAUAGGGUCUGAAAAAGCACCUUAUACAACAAUGGACCCUUUCUAUCAGUUAACGGAAACAGCAGGAGCCAGAAGCAGCUGCUCUCCAAGAAUCCGUUUGAGAAGGACCACGUUCACAUCAUGAGUCGGACUUAUCAUGAAAAGCAACUGCUGACUGGGGAAAAGGUCAGCAUCCAUGUGCUGAAUACAAAUAGGACACAUUGUAUUGCUUUGAAAUGGGAGAUGACGUGGGAGGAACUCAUGCUCGGACACAUGGGAUAACGUGAUGUCAGAAAGGUAGUUUUUGCGAGAUGUGUGUUGUUUGUAAAUGGGACCAAACUGUGUCAGGUUAUACAGUGGGAUGGCAGAGUAAAGACCUGGUCAAAAAUCUGUUUGAAAAUAGUUCAAACUGAUUCUAAGGAUUUUGUUGAGAUGUAAUUAUUUUCACUUGUCAGAUGUUUGAAAAGUAGAGAAAGGUAAUGUAUUUUUGAUGUUGUUUUUUUUUCGGUAUUAUUAUUUAACAAUUAUAAACCUUCAGGUCCAUCAGUAUCUGUUAAAUGUUGUGUACACUUGUGUUUGGUUUUUAACCUGAGUUGCAACAGUUUGUAAUGCCUCUCUGUCCUUAGUUAGUUACCGUUACAUACCGUGCUUCUCUGCUGCCCAAGUCUUAUAUAAUGUGCUGUAUGUACUGCUAACUGUAUCUACAGUAAAAGCUGACGAGGGGUCCUCACUCUCUAAAAAAAGA